AUGUCUCUGCUGAAACAGCGGGGGAGAGAGCUCGAGCGUUUCGACGGACUGUCUCUCAUUUACUGGACACUUAUGGGUCCAUACGGAGUCGACCGCGCUGUUCAUUCCAUGGAGUUCACAGACUGUGAGAAUGGCCUGGGAAUUAAAGUGAUUGGUGGAGUGAAGGAGCUGACUGGAGAAGAGUUUGGAGUCUACGUCAAACGGAUUUUACCAGGUGGCCUUGCUUCAAGUGAUGGAAACCUGUUGCCAGGAGACCAGAUCUUGGAGGUGAAUGGGGACAGUUUAGUAGGAGUCACAAGUGAGAGAGCUGUGGACGUCCUGAGAGCAGCCUCUGCAACCAAUCACAUGCGCCUUCUCAUAGCCAGAGAUGAGGAAGCAAAGAGAGAAUUUGCUGAGCUGCUGGAGAAAUAUGGAUCCAAUGGUAGCACAGGAUCAACACGCAACUCUCCCAUCCAGCAAGGAGGCCGCUACCUGGAUAGCACAUCAUCUGGUUCUUCAUCUCGCUCCCAGAGUCCUUUGCUGUUGAGCCCGGCAGGCUCUCAGAACACGUACAACAACAGCGGGGCCAUGCUGCGCUCCCUCAGUCAUCCAGGUGAAGGAGUGAUUCAACUUAUUACAGUGGCACGAUCCAGCAGUUUGGGCAUCACCAUUGGAGGAGGCUCCAACCGGCCUGACGGCCCUGCUGUCUUCAUCCAGGAGGUGCUGUCUGGAGGAGACUGUCACCGGGAUGGACGUCUGAGGCCUGGAGAUCAGCUCAUUGCCAUCAACAAGGAGUCUUUGAUAGGUGUGACCCACGACGAGGCCAAAAGCAUGCUAAACAAAGUCAAAUUCAAUCAAGACACUGUAGUGGAGAUAGCCUUCAUCCCAGGUAAAGGUCUCUUCCCAAGCAGCACAUCUCUCCACAACGGCGUCCAGCGAGCCGCAGGCAACAACUACAACUCUGGACGCUUAAAAGUCCACAUCAGAUCACCUGAGAUCUGUACAGAGGAGCCAGCCCCAGAGUCUUCACCUUCUCCUGACAUCUGUCCACCAGACAUCCACAUUUCAGGUUCAACCAACCAGAGGUCGCCGACGGGGGCCAAACCUAAAAUAACACUGGACCCCUACAUACGCCUCAAAUUAGACAAGUUAGACCUGGCUUUGACUUUCCUCGGGUUGGAUGUCACUGAAGAGAAAAGAAAGAAGUUGAGACAGAGCCUGACCGCAGACCCACAAGGCACUGUGGCCUAUGGAGACUUCGUGGAGGCAACCAGAAACACCUUCCAAGAGAACCUGGAGGAGCUGGGUUUGGGGACGGGUCCCUUCAUGUUCUCCUAUCAUGAAGCAGCUAGUCUGAUGGACACAUCGGCCUUCCAUUCCCCCACGUAUGAAUCAGAAUGCAGCUACAGCAGUGAGGAGAUGGAGCAGUUUCAGACAGAGGUGAAGCAGCUGCAGACCCAGAUGAAGCAGCUCAAGGUGAUGCUGAAGGACAUGGAGCACAGCAAGAAAAACCUGGAGGAGGAGCUGCAGAAGACCUCAGAGAAAGCAUGUUUGACUGUGGAGGAGAACACCCGUCUGAAGAGCCGCCUGCAGGCAGCCGAGGCCGACGUGGUGCAUCGGCAGACCAGCAGCGCCGAGCAGGACUAUGAGGAAGUGAUCCAGCUGCUGGAGGCUGAGAUCAGAGACCUGAAGAACCAGCUGGCCAGCAAGAGACAAACACUAGGAGUAGAGGCCACCAAGGAGGUGCAUGACCUGAACAGGAGGCUGACAGCUAUCGACUGCCAGCUGAGAAAGUCCGAGCUGAACAGGAAACACCUGGAGAUCUCCAACAAGAAACUGCUAGGCUUUGCACAGAACGUCCACAAAGUGUUAACCACACCCAGCCUGUUUGUAGGAGAAGUCAGGAGCAACAAGUCAUCUCCAGCCACAGAAAGUCCAAACACUCCGUCACCUCUUCUUGAUCCUGCCUUACAGCUGGCUGCUGAGGCCAAGGAGCUGGUGCAGGGAGUCUGCUCUGACACUGAUGACAAAGGUGCAGACUGCACGCUGGAUCACAAUGAAAAAGAAUAA